AUGCUCGCGAUCGCAUAUCUUUGGAUUCUCCUGUUGCUGCGGGGAAUCCACGUGGGCGCCAAGAGCACGAGCGAAGUCACCACCAUUACCGACGAUGCCUCUACAACAUCUGCCUCGUCCACUCACUCAGGAACCGAUAGCGAUUCGAUUAUUGUCGUGACCACCGAAACUGCUGCUGCCGUUCCUACCGGUAGUUAUCUCAGCUACACCACUACCAUCACGGUCGGAGAUAGCGUCUCCCAAACGACCUUCACCACCACCACCGCGGCAAAUACAACCACUUCUACCAAUGGCACCACCACUGCCACCACGACUACGGAUACAAAUGUGGUGGUCACCGGCACACGCAACUCCAGUAGCACCUCGACAACCACUGCGACCGAGCCAGCCAACUCGCAGCCUUGCAAUGGCUACACCGAGUUCUGCAGCCGACAAUACUCGAACAUUACUAUGGUCACGGCACACAACAGUCCUUUCGUGAAGAAGAACAACAUCGCAGCGAAUCAGAUGUACAAGGUGAAGACGCAGCUGGAGGAUGGAGUGCGCAUGCUAUCCUUCGAAGCCCACUACUACGAAAACGACAUCUACCUCUGCCACACCUCCUGCGACCUCCUAAACAUGGGCACCCUAGAAGAGUACCUCACCACCGUGACCGACUGGAUGAAGGAAAAUCCCUACGAUGUUGUAACCAUCUUGAUCGUCAACUCCGAUUACGUUUCGCCCUGGAACUUUACCGCUCCCAUCGAGAACUCCGGUCUCAUCGACUACGUGUACGAGCCGUGGAAAAUCCCUAUGAGUCUGGACGAUUGGCCUACACUAUCGGAGAUGAUCUUGAAAGGUAAUCGCGCUGUCGUUUUCAUGGACUAUCAGGCCAAUCAGACUGCUAUCCCGUACAUUUUGGACGAGUUCACUCAGAUGUGGGAGACGCCUUUCUCGCCGCUGAAUACUUCCUUCCCCUGCACAGUGCAGCGGCCCCCAGGGAUCACGGCUGCGCAGGCCGAGGAGAGAAUGUACAUGAUCAACCAUAAUCUGAAUCUUGAGAUCGUGUUUGAGGGGAUCGAUAUCCUCGUUCCGGAUACCGCCCAGAUCAAUGAGACAAAUGCAGUGUCGGGGUAUGGAAGUCUAGGAUUGAUGGCGAACAAUUGUCGAGCAAAAUGGGACCGUCCCCCCAACUUCCUCCUCGUCGAUUACUAUAACGAUGGCAACGUCCAAGGCUCGGUCUUCGAAGUCGCAGCUCAAAUGAACAACGUUACUUACAACGGGAAAUGCUGUGGUGGGUCGAGUAGUACGGCAUCAAGGAUCAUGGAUGUUUCGUAUACUUGGCUUUCUGCAUUUAUUGCCAUGGGAGUUGUUAGACAUGCUACAUCUCCUAUCAUUAACCCCCUCGCCAGAUUAUCAGAAGCUGUUGUUCCAUGGCGCCGCCGCACGUUUCUUAGACUUGUUGUCAAGGAAGAUCAGAGGCCGGGGGAUGACUCCAUGAAGCUGGAAAAUUAUCUGGUGAAGGGACUUGAUCCAGGCUAUGAAUAUGGACUCAUAUGUAUUGAAUAG